AUGGCGGCGGCAGGGUGCGUGGCGGCGGCGCUGGCGCUGCGCGAGGCGGGAGCUCUGCGCUUCGGCGAGUUCGUGUUGAAGAGCGGCAGGGCCUCUCCUGUCUACGUCGACCUGCGCGGCCUCGUCUCCCACCCGCGCCUCCUGCGUCAGGUUGCAGAUCUUCUUUUUCAAACUGCCAAAGAUGCUGGUCUCAAGUAUGACAACGUGUGUGGCGUUCCUUACACAGCACUGCCCUUGGCUACCAUUAUCUGCUCAGAAAAUCAGAUUCCAAUGCUUAUACGGAGGAAGGAAGCAAAAGCCUAUGGUACUAAGCGGCUGGUUGAAGGCACCAUUAAUCCAGGAGAAACAUGCUUGAUCAUUGAGGAUGUGGUAACAAGUGGAUCUAGUGUGCUGGAAACUGCAGAAGUUCUUCAGAAAGAAGGACUAAAGGUCACGGAUGCCAUAGUGCUGCUGGACAGGGAGCAGGGUGGGAAGGCCAGGUUAGAGGAACGUGGAAUUCGGCUGCACUCUGUGUGCACGUUGUCUGGGGUGUUGGAGAUUCUUCAGCAGCAGGGAGAAGUAGCUGUUGAGAUGGUUGAGAAGGUGAAGAAGUUCAUUCAGGGGAAUAUGUUUGAGCCAGUGGCUCAGAAUGGCUCUACUCCUGUGAAGAGACUAUGUAAAGAGUUGAGCUUCAGUGCUCGUGCCAAGCUGCCCGGGGUACAUCCUGUUGCAGCCAGGCUUCUCACACUUAUGGAAAAGAAGCAAACAAACUUGUGCCUGUCUGCUGAUGUAACCAACUCCAAAGAGCUGCUGCAGUUAGCUGCCCUCCUGGGCCCCAGCAUUUGUAUCCUGAAGACUCAUAUAGACAUCCUGAAUGAUUUCACCCAAGAGGUAGUAAAGGAGUUGAGAACGCUUGCAGAUCAACACGAAUUCUUGAUUUUUGAAGACAGGAAAUUUGCAGACAUUGGAAACACAGUGAAACAUCAAUAUGAAGGUGGUGUGUUCAGAAUUGCAUCCUGGGCAGACGUUGUUAAUGCCCAUGUGGUUCCAGGCUCUGGAGUAGUGCAAGGUCUGAAGGAAGUAGGUCUUCCCCUCCAGCGUGGCUGUCUCCUGAUUGCUGAGAUGAGUUCUGAAGGGUCCCUUGCAACAGGCGCGUACACAAAAGCUGCGGUUCAGAUGGCUGAAGACAACUCUGAUUUCGUCUUUGGAUUCAUAUCAGGAUCUAGAGUUGGUAGUAAACCAGAAUUUCUUCACUUAACUCCAGGGGUGCAACUGCAAACUGGAGGUGAUCACCUUGGACAGAGGUACCUCAGCCCCAAGGAAGUUGUUAGUGAAAAAGGUUCAGACAUCAUUAUUGUGGGACGUGGCAUCUUGUCAGCUUCAGACUGUCUUCAGGAAGCAGAGAAAUACAGGAAGGCAGCUUGGGAGAGCUACAUAAGCAGACUUGGUAUUUGUGCAGAAGACUGA